CAAACUCGACAAGAGCGCGCACGGACCAUCGCGGUAUCAUUAUGCCUGCGCCUACAUCUUCCGCCUCAAAGAAUAAUGCCCCUCGACACGAUAUGUCUGUCAUAUUGGUGACAGGCUCUUAUGAUCAUGAGAUUCGUUUUUGGGAAGCUUGGAGUGGUAUAUGUUCGCGUACAAUAACACGUACAGGCGAAUCUGGGCAAGUAAACCGUCUAGCUAUAUCACCAGAUAAACGCCUUUUGGCUGCGGCAAUCCACAAGAAGGUCAAUAUCUAUGAUAUAGCAAGUGCCUCCUCUGAACCUCUCAUCACCUUUGAAGGCCAUACCAAGAACGUAACAUCCGUAUCCUUCCACAGUGAAGGAAAAUGGUUGGUAACUGGUAGCGAAGACUCGACGAUCAAGAUUUGGGAUCUCAGGAGUGGCCAUCUCCACCGCACUUACGAUAACUCAAAUCCUGUUAAUGAUGUCUGCGUGCAUCCCAACCAAGGCGAAUUGAUUUCAUGCGACCAGUCCGGUAGUAUCAAGCAAUGGGACCUUUCGGAGAACAUCUGUUCGCAUGAGCUGACCCCAGCUGGAAAAAUACCGAUACGUUCAGUCAGUCUGGCCUUGGAUGGUUCAUGUCUAGUGGCAGGUAAUAAUAAAGGCCAAUGCUAUGUGUGGAAAGUUAAUGACGAGAGUUCUGGGUACCCUCGAUUCCAAGCUGUCACUACGUUCCACGCCCAUAACAAAUAUCUGACUCGAUGUCUCCUCAGUCCUGACGUGAAGUAAGCACUACGUUUCCCUUGGACUUCACGCUCGAACUCCUCCAGAUCGCUUGCUACAUGUUCAGCCGACACGACUGUCAAGAUAUGGUCCAUUUCUCCUAACUACGAGUUCAAACAAGAGAAGGUGUUAGCCGGCCACCAACGAUGGGUCUGGGAUUGUGCUUUUAGCGCAGAUUCUGCAUAUCUUGUCACCGCUUCCUCAGACCACACGGCCAGACUAUGGGAAAUGGCAUCCGGAGAAACGGUUAGGCAAUACAAUGGUCACCACAAAGCGGCGGUUUGUUGUGCUCUACACGACGGCGCGGGCUAAUCCCGGAUGGGUUCAAUUGAGGAAGGCGUCCAACCUAGUCUACCAGGAAAGGUCCAUACCAGUCCUGAAUAAUUCUAUUCCCUGAUAUGAACUCAAGUUCUAUUCUUUGCGUGUGCUUUGCUGGGACUAUGAAGACCAAGGUGAAAGACCCCGUUUUCUGGUUCGGUCGAGGAAUCCAUAUCAUGUUUCCGGCAACUUGGCUGGCAGGCUUGGUCGAGCUUCUUUCGCCUCGUGUUCGCGAUAGCUAUUAUACAGUCAAUGUGUUUAUUUCAGGUCGUCGGAGGAGCUUUAUAUCCCGAUUUGUUUACGUUUGCGACAUGAAUGUGUCCUCUCACUGCUGGCUAACGCGUGUUCAGACGCUGGUUGUACCCGGCCACCGGGCGGUAGGGCCGUUCCCGCGAACCUACUCAGACUCACCCUCAUGUUAAGACCUCUCCAAUGAUCUCCGC